CUGUGCAGGAAACCGGAAAUAGGAACUAGAGAACAUCCGUUUGAUACUUCUCAAAUUCACAAUCAAAUCAAACAUGUAUACAUCGCGAAAACAAAUUGACACGGGAUGACUGUUUUAAAACGUUCACUUGUUAUUUCGGACUUGUAUGAUCAACAACUGGAGCAGGACGAGCUCCAACCACAGGAGGAACCCCAAGUUCAGGAGGAGGGUGAGGAGAUUAUCACCGAACCACAGAACGAGGACCCCACCUGGGCCAAAGACCCUGACUACCAGCCCCCUGCCAAGAAGACAAAGAAGAGCAAGCUGCGCUACAACAUAAAGGGCGAGAAGGACAUGGACGUGUCUGGGCACGUCUUUGAGGAGGAGCAGCAGGAGGGCCUGCUCUCGGAGGUCAACGCAGAGAAGGUGUUGGGCAACAUUAAUCCACCCAAACCCACCAAAAUCAAAAAGAAGGGUGUGAAGAAAACAUUCCAGUGCGAGCUGUGCAGCUACACCAGCCCCCGCCGCUCCAACCUGGACCGCCAUAUGAAGAGCCACACGAACGAGAGGCCCCACCAAUGUUACCUGUGCGACCGCGCUUUCAGGACAGUCACUAUGCUGAGAAACCACCUGAACACAAGGCCAGGCACCAGACCAAACAAGUGCACGGACUGUGAGAUGGCGUUUGUAACCAGUGAAGAACUUGUUAGGCACCAACGUUACAAGCACACCCACGAGAAGCCCUACAAGUGCUCUCUGUGUGAUUACGCCAGUGUGGAGGUGAGUAAGCUGAAGUGCCACAUCCGCUCCCACACCAGAGAGCGCCCCUUCCAGUGCAGCUUGUGCAGCUAUACCUCCACUGACACAUACAAGCUGAAGAGACACAUGACCGUACAUUCAGGGGAGAAACCAUAUGAGUGUUACAUCUGCCACGCUCGCUUCACCCAGAGUUCCACUGCCCACACUGCGACACAGUCAUUGUCCACAAGAGGCACUUUAGUAAGAAUUCACCAUCUUUCCAACACACCUUUCCACCCCUCAGAUGUUCACCUGCGUGAGCAGCACUCGUACAUCGAGCAGGGCCGGAAAUGUCGCUACUGUGAGGCCGUCUUCCACGUGCGCUAUGCCCUCACCCAGCACCAGAAGUCCCACAAGAACGAGAAGCGCUUUAAGUGCGACCAGUGCGAUUACGCAGGCCGACAGAAGUGUCACAUGGUGAGGCAUAAGCGCACCCACACCGGUGAGAAGCCGUACGCCUGCAGCCACUGUGAGAAGACCUUCAGGCAGAAACAGCCUCUGGACGUGCACUUCCGCCGCUACCACGACCCCAACUUUGUGCCCACCUCCUUUGUGUGCACCAAGUGUGGCAAAACUUUCACCCGCAGGAACACCAUGGCCCUGCAUGCAGAGAACUGCAAUGGCCAGGACACCACCGGGGGCAAAAACAGGGCUCCUCCUAGGAGAGGCCGCGGCAGGAAGAGGAAAAUGUGCGGCAACCAUCAGACAACCAGGCCAGGAACAGUGGCAUCCAUUCAUCCAUCCAUUUAAGUUUUUAAAAGACCUGCAGUUUGAGAAGUUGUGAUGGGAACUUUGAUGGGAAGUUGUGAGCAGAUGUUUCCUAACCCUCCGAUAGAUCUUGAUCUGUUUCUUGUCAGGACUACGUUUGUUAUGGGUAAAGUUGCUUUGAGAAGGAGACAUUGUGGACAACCGGGAUGUUUGAAUAAAAGGAGUGCUUUUGGGGGGAAAAUGACUAUAAAGUUUUGUCGCUCUUUUUAGUAACAUAAAAAACAUUGGAAACGAUGUCCUCUAUCCGAACAUUUCUGCUGAAUUAAAAAUGAUGUUUCCUCCUACA